AUGAUGCAGGAGGCCGGCAUGGUGAAUGCCCUGCUACGUCAUUUCAAGUAUGGCCCCGAACAGAAGGCUCGAGAUGAGGCGACGCGUCCCGAAGUUGAGGGUCGCAAGUUUGCGAGCAGCCUAAAUCAGUGUGAAGAAGGGGAAGGCCGCGAUGGGACUUUUGGGGUCGUACUUGGAACCAUGUGGGUACAGAAGAGAGGACUUUUCUUAUCAUUUCUUCGCUGA